AACCAACAGCUAGGACAUUCUAGACUGGACGAGUCACCAGUCAUCCCGCGCAAAGCCGCAUCGCCUCUCCUCCGCCAUAUAGGCUUCAGGAUACAGACAGACACUCCGUCCAACGAUGCCAGCCGCAGUCGGCUCACGCUGGCAGGACCGCCGCCGACGUGUUUUUCAGUCUGUCUACCAAACAGAUCUAUCACCACCCCCACCACAAGCAGUACCGCUUCCGUCAGCAAAUCUCAGCUUCAGCCAAGGACUCCAAUAUCUCUCUGGCACAGGACCAACAGUGACUUCCGGCUCAUUCUAUGACGAGGAUACACAGGAAGCCACACAGCCCGCUUUCUACAACCAACCCGACCAAGGUCUCUUGGUUUCACACACCCCCUCCAACUCAUUUCACAGCACCGUUACCGCCGUCUCACAGCCUUCACAAGUUCUUCUCGGUGCUCCAGACACAGGGAGUGGUGAUCAGGUCGCAUAUGACAGUGCCUGGCGUCUUGUAACCGCUCGAAUUACUCUCCCGUCAUCCGUCACAUCGCCAACAUCGUCAGGUAAUUUGUCAUCACCGGAUGCAGCUUUGCCCUCUGAUGCCGAGUUCUGUGACGCUUUGGCCCACAUCGUUCACGCCUCGACGCUACUGCCCGGGGCCCUACGGACAGACGACAUUUUCUCCUGGCACACCCACCAGGUACGAGCUCACUUUUCGCAGCACGUGAUACCCCUAUUAUCGGGCUGCUUGGAUACGGGAGGAACUGGAGAUGGCGACCCAAGGAAAGUGAGUGAUCAAGAGCGGUACAAGAGCAGCCAAUAUGAGCGCCAUAUGGUUAUUGUCAUGAGCAGCAUCCGCACACUUGAGGCUGCCCUAAGACUCUACUCUCACGGAUUUGACCUCCUUGUAAAGGGCAUUACUCAAGCUGAGAGUGCUGCUGCCUUCGGAACGCCAGCUGUAAAUGUUGAGAUUCUGGCAAAUCGUUUCCGGAGAGACAUACAUGCCCUCGUAGGAAACUCGGCCUCUCAGCAGUUAACGAAAUCUUUACGAGCUGUCCUCGUCCGCCUCGUAGGCAACAUCCUUGGCAUUCCAUCCGAGGACGGCGAUGAUGAUGAUGCGCGUAACUUCAAGUCUCGGCGGCCAGCUCCCCCUACCGAUGAUGACUUCGAAGCAUUAGCAGCGAGACAACGCCUCCACGAGCUUGUUGAACAGCUACAUAACGUCGGUCUUGCCGGUGAGCGCUUCCAGGUCUUGUUCGCCGAAGUAAUGAACUGGAUGAUGUCGGCUUUUGUGUGCGGAGCAUAUGCUGGGGUAUGGUCGGCGACAGACAGACGCAGCUUGUCAAGCGUUUUGAAUACAGUGUCUAAGGGUACCGGUUCAUCUGUCACUUCGCCUUGUAUUAUCUCCCUCAUGGACUGGGUUGAAAACCACUUUGCCCGGUUGAGCUUCGAGGUCCUGUCCCGGAUCUCUCACGGCUCUGUGUCGCCGGUCACGCUCUCUGAUCUCAAGACAUACCAGUCGCUUGCUCUUGGUCGUUUGUCCACGCUUCGCAUUGCUGAGCUCUUUGAUAUUGUUCUGGCGUGGCCGGAUUCACGAGGAGCGCUUGAUGACUUGCGCGCAACUAUCACUACCUCCGCCAGGAGGCUUCAACUGACAUCACACUUUACCCAGGCUCUAAAAACACGUUUGUUGCACCCUGGGUGCAGUACACUCGAGAUCCUUCAGACUUACAUCGACAUUAUUCACACCUUUCACGCUCUCGAUCACAGCAAGGUUCUUCUAGGACACGUCGAACCGUCCCUGAAACUUUAUCUGUGGCAGCGUGAAGAUGCAGUACGCAUCGUGGUGACAGGUCUGCUGGCCAGCCCGGAGGAAGUCCGUGCCGAAAGAAAGGUCAAGGAAAUUAGCAAGCAACAGGCGGAGCAGAAGAAAGCUGGGAAGAGGUCAGAAGCCAGUGCACGACGCGGUGCCGGUAAAGGGCCAGUCGUGACACCUACCACGACAGGAAGAUCGAGCAGAACAACCCCGACUACAACAAGGCAAAGAUAUGACCUACACGAAUCCAGCAUGAGAACUCCCGGCGCAGCCCCGAUUAAGAGAAAGUCUACCGGUACUGGCAAGCUCGUAGAACUUGCUCUCCUCCUGAAUGAUCCGACCAAAACCCGCCAUACCCUCGUCGAAGAUGAAGAGCUCGACUGGAACGAUAUGAAUUGGGUUCCAGACCCGGUCGAUGCUGGUGCCAAUUACAAGCGGCCCAAGAGUGAAGAUGUUAUCGGCACGCUCAUUUCGGCGCUAGGCAGCGAAGAUGUCUUUAUCAAGGAGUUUGCCUCCAUCGUCGCCGAGCGCUUGCUAAGCCUCAGCGAUCCAGCUCGCUUCGACCAAGAGCUAAGGGUCCUCGACCUCCUGAAGCGGCGAUUCGGGGAGGCGGCCCUCCAGAAUUGCGAUGUCAUGAUCAAGGACAUUGAAGACUCGCGACGCCUAGACGUUGACAUCCGUCGAGCCUGGGACGAGCAGCGGACACUGACGGCAGCGACGCCGAUGAUGAUGUCAGGCCACUUCCUGCGGUCAGCAGACAAGCGGAAGAAGGCCGCGCUCCAGCGACAGCAACAACAGGAGCCGACGCAAUACCACGCUCGUAUCCUUUCCCGCCUCUUCUGGCCCGCCCUCGACCGCGAACACUUCCUCCUCCCCGACCCCAUCAUCGAAGAGCAGAAGCGCUACGAACAGGGCUACGAGCACCUCAAGUCCAACCGCAAGCUCACGUGGCUCAACCAACUCGGUACCGUCCGCGUCGAGUUGGAGCUGCGCGACCGCACGGUCACUGUCGAUUGCACUACCCCGCAAGCAACCGUCAUCUACGCAUUUAACGACUCCGACUCCGAUAACGGCCAAGGAAUCGAAAUCGACAACAAACCCCCCGCUCGCCGCACCGUCGACGAACUCUACACCACGCUCCAAAUGGACGAAGACCUGAUCACCUCUUGUCUCGAAUACUGGGUCUCUAAAAACGUUCUCCGACGCCUUCGUUCCCCAGCAAACACUCAAGGUUCACACACGUACGUGGUAAUCGAAAGCCUGAGCGACCCCAUCGUCGACGACAACGACGACCAAUUCUUCAAGGAUGACGACAUCUUCGGCAAUCCAACCACUUCUGUAACUGCCCAAGAAGGAAUGCAACCGGCAGAGGAUCCCAAAGACGAAAGUAACAAGCCAGCCAUAGACCCCAAGGAACAAGAGCGCCGCACCAUAUACUGGCAGUACAUCAAGGGGAUGCUGACGAACGCGAGCGCGUCGAUGCCGCUGGCGCAGAUGGCCAUGAUGAUGAAGAUGCUGAUCGCGGAUGGGUUCCCGUGGACGAACGAGGAGCUGGGGGAGUUUUUGGCGGAGAAGAUUGCGGAGGGGGAGAUGGAGCUUGUUAGUGGGGGGAAGUAUCGGCUCGUUAAGAAGUGAAUGAGUUAAAGGUGAGGGUGAGGAACAGGUAUGAUAGGUUGAAGGAAAACCAGAUAGAAAUGCUUGAUUGAAGAAGGUGGCUGACAUAAAUGAUUUUUAUGGUAAAUGGUUUUAUGGUGAAGAGUGUAAGUGCUUUUACUUAAACCAAGUGUGCCUUGAAGUACCAUGUUAGUAGGGUCAUACAAUGAUGUUAAUAACCCACAGGCAAAACUGGUUAAAGGAUGACAAAGUAUUCAUAUGAAUCUUUCCGGGAGACCGCGUUUCUGUGCUUCUGGUUCACUUC